AUGAACAGGAGGAAAACACUGCCAGGUCCUUUUCUUGUCUUCGAACAGCGGACCAAGUGGACCGGGGAGAGGCCAGGCAACCUGGACAAGUGGACAUGGAAGUGCACCACAGAGAGUAUCAAACAACACCAUGCCAUGCCAGGGGGCCCAUCGCCAUCUCAAAGGCCCAGGGGGCACAGACCAAGACUGUACAAGUUCGUCUUGAGGGAAAAGGGGGGCGUGUUGGUGGUCUUGGAGGUGUGGCAUGGACACCUCUACACCUCCGCUCACUUGGAUGCACUGUUGAUUGGGUCUUGGGUGCGGUCUUGGGUGCCAUUCCCAAAUACCUCAAACUUUGCCCUCCAACUCUUGCUUGUUUGCAAAGAGGGAGUGGAGUUUAACAACCAUCUCGGCGUGGACCGUGGAGGCACAGCAUCUUCUCUUCCCCAUCUUGAAGCCCAUAGUUUGCGCCGUCGACUCAUAUUUUUCACCACCAAAACGCGCUACCAAACGGCACAGAUGGCUGUUGAGUAA